AUGGCGCAGAUGGCCGCGAUGCAACAACAGUUCGCCGCCGAAGCCGCAAGGCGAGGACUGACACCAGAGCAAUUUGCACAGCAACAGCGGGACCAACUGACUGCCGAUGCCGCCAAGCAGGGACUUACUCCUGAGCAAUACAUUGCGCAACUGCGCAUGCGAGCGCUUCAGGCACACCAGCAGCAAAUGGAGGCCCAGCGCCAGGCUCAAGGAUCGCCUCAACCAGGUCAACCACAGCAACCGGGACAGCCGGGACAGCUAGGACAGCCAGGGCAGCCAGCCCAACAACCACAGCCCCAAGCGCCGCAGCCAGCUCAGGCCCAACAACAGACACACCAGGUGCCUGUUCAGCCUGGACAACCAGCCGACCCCAAGGCAGUGGCCUUGGCCAACUUCCUCCGGUCGCAGAACCUGAAGCCUCGCACUUGUAUUUUGGACGGUCAGCGCAAAGAAAUGUUCAAGGUCAAGCGAGCCAUUCGAGCCAUCGAGUCACCCGCUUACGCCAAAGCUACCGCCAAGAAGAAUUCGCUACUCCCACCGGUGACAGAUCGCGCGUCUGCUGAGAACGUUUUCAAACUGCUGCCGCUCUCUUUGCUGGCUCUCCGUGUCAGCAAGGUGGAUCCUCACGAGGGACACAACCACGCGAAGCCAAAGAACCGAGUGAAGGGCCAAUGGACUGUGAAGAUUGAGCAGCACCAAGACGUGAAUCCCAUGAUGCACUACGUGUGGCUUUAUGAGGGUCCUCAGUGGAAGCAAAAGGCUAUGGCUGCGGCCGUUGUCGCCGGUAUCUUUGCUGUUGUCCUUUUCCCUCUGUGGCCCGUCAUGUUGCGCCAGGGUGUCUGGUACCUCAGUGUGGGCAUGAUGGGGCUGCUCGGUCUUUUCUUCGCCAUGGCGAUCUUCCGGCUGAUUCUUUUCUGCAUUACUGUCUUCGCUGUCCCUCCCGGUCUGUGGCUCUUCCCCAACCUCUUUGAGGACGUUGGUUUCUUUGACAGUUUCAAGCCUCUGUGGGGCUGGCAGGAGACAAAGAAGAAGAAGAGCAAGAAGUCUAAGACCUCCUCUGAUGCCAAGGCUACUGCUACCGCUACGGAAAAUUCCCCUGAUGCUGCCUCCGCCACCACAACCUCGGCUGAGACGACAGCUCCAGCCAAUGCUACCCCGGUGAAGCGUGAUCUGGCCCCCCGGGUGGAAGAGGUGGAGGAGUAA